GGGGAUUCCCUGAUGUUGGCGCGACCGCCUGCUGCAGUACUCCGUCGUCCUGUGUGACCCCUAUAACUUGUUUUCGCGGCUACAUCGCCAAGAAAACCAUUGCUUAUCUGUACUCGAGGGCGCACGUUGUACCGCCUGAAUGCCUACUCGUGCACUAGAGUUCUAUUCUGGUAUUGGUGGGCUCCAUCGCGCGCUGACAGAAAGUCGUGUGGAUGGACAAGUCGUCCGAGCCUUCGAUUGGGACCAAUCCUCAUGUAGAGUAUACGCCGCGAACUAUGGCAAGGACAUCAUGCAGCGGGUCGAUAUCUCUACCUUGGAUGCGGACGCGCUAGCUGCCCAUCAAGCUGACUUGUGGCUCAUGUCUCCUUCGUGCCAACCUUAUACCGUUUUGAACCCGCUUGCGAAGGGGGCGGAAGAUCCUCGCGCCAAGUCGUUCAUCCACAUCAUCGAAGAUGUCCUCCCGCGAAUGGUAUCAAGUAAUACGCAUCCCCGUUACAUGUUGAUCGAGAACGUCGCGGGCUUCGAGACAUCUAGCACGCGGCAGAGACUUCUGGACACGCUCUCGGGCCUGGGAUACAAUGUGCUGGAACUGCUCCUCACCCCGCUGCAAUUCGGCAUACCGAACUCACGCCUGCGGUACUACCUUCUAGUGAAGGCGAAACCUCUCCAGUUUGCGAAUGUAGGUGAAGAUGCCGCGCAAGCUGUGUGGCGGCACAUCCCUGGACUGGCUCCCGACUGGGUCGACACUCGCAUGCAAAGUGGACCGCGCGAAGUGGUCGUGGACGGUCGAGCAGCUGAUUCAGUUGCAGAGAUACGACAAUAUCUAGACCCUCCGCUCGAAGACGGGCAACUACACCCAUGCGCCGUGCCUGAUCGCGUUUUGGAGAAAUGGGGUCGCCUCUUCGACAUCAUCCUGCCGUCCGCGCGGCGAAGCUGUUGCUUUACUCGAGGCUAUUCAAAAAUGGCUGAGCGCUCCGGCUCUGUCUUGCAGAUGAAUGAAGAACUUGAUACGACGAGCAUCUUUGACCGCUUCCUUGCAGCGCAGGCUCUGGGUCAGGAGAAUGCGGUCAGGAUUCUGGACCCUCUGCGACUGCGCUACUUCUCUCCCACGGAGUUGUUGCGUAUCUUCUGCUUCGUGCCCACGGCCGGCGGAGUACACGAAGAUCAACUUGGUUUCCUUUGGCCUGAAGACCUAUCUGUGAAGGCACAGUACCGUCUCAUCGGCAAUAGCGUCAAUGUACGAGUAGUGAUGCAGCUUAUAAACUAUCUGUUCCAGUGAUGUGCUCGAAUUAUCUCGUGGACAGGGGCUCGACAAAAUCCGACC